CUUGCCUCUCCUUUUGAGCACCUCCAGCGUUGGCUUCUCCUCCUUUUCCUCCAUCCUCAAGGCGCCUUCCCAGAUCGCCCACCCAUCCUUUGCCAGCCUUUCUCUCUUUUCAGUCCCAAUCUUUCCUUCUCUCUCGCGUCUCCCUCCCUCCUUUCCUCCCUCCCUCCUUUCCCUAAACCGCCCACUAUUAGUAUUCCACUCGCGUCCCCGCUGCUCGCAGGAGCGCUUUUGCUGCAGCGCUCUCGGCGCCGUUGGUUGGCUGGCUCUUUGGCUGGCUGGCUACCGCUGGGGUCGCCUUCUUCGCCUUCAUCCUCCUCCUCCUCUUUGCCAUCCUUUGCCAGCCGCCGGCUCGGGUCGGAGCCAAGAAGACCGACCCAGGAGGAGGAGAAGGGCUGGGCUGCUGGGCCGAGGUGGUGCUCUCCUCUUCCUCUUCCUCCUCCUCCUCUCCUUCUUCACCAUUUCUUCCUCCUCUUCUUCUUCUCCAUCCUCUUCUUCCUCAUCCCCACGCUCCUCCUCCUCCUCUCCGCCAAAGGCCUGGAUGAAGCCCCAGCGUUGAAGGAGGGAAGAGAGAGAGAGAGAGAAAAUAAUAAAAGGGGGAAGAGGGAGGAAAAAAAAAAAAGGAAAGAGGAUGCUGCCUCCACGACGACCCCCGUUUGGUUUCUAAAGACCUGAGUGCUCACCCUGCUGUUCACUGAAGCAUGAGCAUUGGACAUGGCCAUCCGCCGCUGCACUCGCAAGCCUUUGCUGGCACCUGGAAUCUCUAGAAUGGUUUGGAAGCAUCUCAUCCUCUUCUUCCUUUGGCUGCCACCGCUUGUUUUGGGUGGAGCCUCCCCAACCUCUUGCCCAGCUGCUUGUUCCUGCAGCAAUCAAGCCAGCCGGGUCAUCUGUACACGCCGGGAACUGGUGGAAGUGCCGGAGAGCAUUUCUAUCAACACACGGUACCUCAACUUGCAGGAGAACAAUAUCCAGGUCAUCAAGACAGACACUUUCAAGCACCUUCGUCAUCUUGAAAUUUUGCAGCUCAGCAAGAACCUUAUCCGUAAGAUUGAGGUUGGCGCCUUCAAUGGCUUGCCCAAUCUCAACACGCUGGAGCUCUUUGACAACCGGCUGACCACUGUCCCCACACAGGCCUUUGAGUACCUCUCCAAGUUGCGGGAGCUGUGGCUGAGGAAUAACCCAAUUGAAAGCAUCCCUUCUUAUGCCUUCAACAGAGUCCCUUCCUUGCGCCGCCUGGAUCUUGGAGAGCUCAAGAAGCUGGAGUACAUCUCAGAGGCAGCCUUUGAAGGCUUGGUCAACCUGCGCUACCUGAACUUGGGCAUGUGCAACCUUAAGGACAUCCCAAAUUUGACGGCCUUAGUAAGGCUGGAGGAGCUGGAGCUGUCUGGGAAUCGCCUGGACAUGAUCCGGCCAGGCUCUUUCCAAGGACUAACCAGCCUUCGUAAAUUAUGGUUGAUGCAUGCCCAGGUGGCCACCAUUGAACGCAAUGCCUUCGAUGACCUCAAGUCUUUGGAGGAGCUCAAUCUCUCCCACAAUAAUUUGAUGUCUUUGCCACAUGAUCUCUUCACCCCUUUACACCGCCUGGAGCGUGUCCACCUCAACCAUAACCCUUGGCAUUGCAAUUGCGAUGUGCUGUGGCUCAGUUGGUGGCUCAAGGAGACAGUGCCCAACAACACCACCUGCUGCGCCCGGUGCCAUGCCCCGCCAAACCUCAAAGGGCGGUAUAUUGGAGAGCUGGAUCAAAGCCAUUUCACUUGCUAUGCCCCAGUUAUAGUAGAGCCUCCCACUGACCUUAAUGUGACUGAGGGGAUGGCGGCUGAGCUGAAAUGCCGGACAGGGACCUCCAUGACAUCAGUCAAUUGGCUGACGCCAAAUGGAACGCUGAUGACUCACGGUUCCUAUCGGGUCCGCAUCUCUGUCCUCCAUGAUGGCACGCUCAACUUUACCAAUGUUACUGUCCAGGACACAGGACAAUACACCUGCAUGGUGACCAAUUCAGCUGGCAACACGACUGCUUCAGCUACGCUCAAUGUCUCAGCUGUGGAUCCAGCCACCACAGGGUACACAUACUUUACCACAGUGACUGUGGAAACCAUGGAUUCAAGUCCAGAAGAAUCUGUUCCCACCAAGAAAGAACCUGGGCCAACCCCAUCGCAAGGUUGGGGCAUGACCUACUCCACCACUUCGCUAACCCCACGCAGUACCCGUAGCACCGAGAAACCAUUCACCAUCCCAAUCACUGAUGUAACUGAGAGUGGCAUGAAAGACUUGGACGACGUCAUGAAAACCACCAAGAUCAUCAUUGGCUGCUUUGUGGCCAUCACCUUCAUGGCUGCCGUGAUGCUGAUUGUUUUCUACAAGCUCCGAAAACAGCACCAGCUGCACAAGCACCAUGGGCCCACGCGGACCAUUGAGAUCAUCAAUGUGGAGGAUGAGCUGCCUGCCGCAGCUGGGGGGCCUGGCGACAGCCACUUGGCCCUUCCUGCCAUCGAGCAUGACCACCUCAAUCACUAUGCUGCUUUCAAGGCCCACUACAACAACAACAGUGGUGGUGGGCCACUCACCUGUGGCUCCAAGAACCCCAUGCUCAAUUCCAUCCAUGAACCUCUCUUGUUCAAGAGCAGCUCGAAAGAGAAUGUCCAAGAGACACAGAUAUGACGACCAACAGACCCAGGCAACGGGGAAUACUUACAUGGUGGGAGGGUGGUGGUGAAUCCGUCCAUGCAGUGGCGGAAAUGUUGAGGAAAAGCUCCUCCUUC